UCUCUCUUUAUAACUUUGCAAGGCAGGCCAUUCAUUUAUCCUUUACAAGAAAACAGGAAUCAAUUCGUUAUCUUCUCUCCACUCAUUCGAAUAAAAACUAACAUGGGGGCUUUCUUAGGAGGUUUCUUUGGCCGGGGUGGCCGGAAUCUGCGCGACGUUGAUCGCCGGGAUCCAUCGCCGGCGUCGGCUGCGACAGGGGUUAUAACAGAUCAACCGAGCACGAGUCGCAGAAACAGUGAAGCGAAUAGGAGAAUGAUAACUAGGAAGUACUCGUACAUACCUGACAACUAUAACUCUCUCGACCAGGUUACAGCAGCCCUAAGAGAAGCAGGCUUGGAGUCAUCAAACUUGAUCCUAGGAAUUGAUUUUACAAAAAGCAAUGAUUGGGCAGGCAAAUACUCAUUCAAUAACCAGAGCCUGCAUGCAAUUGGUGAUAAACGAAAUCCAUAUGAAGAAGCCAUCAGCAUAAUAGGGAAGACCUUAGCUCCAUUUGACGAAGACAAUCUCAUCCCAUGCUUUGGAUUUGGUGAUGCAACAACUCAUGAUAGGGAGGUGUUCAGCUUUCAUGGCGAUCACUCUCCUUGUCAUGGCUUUGAGGAAGUUCUCGAAUGCUACAGGAAAAUUGUUCCAAAUUUGAAAUUAUCAGGCCCGACGUCAUUUGCACCUCUAGUAGAUGCUGCGGUUCACAUCGUCGAGAACAGCGGAGGACAGUAUCACGUUUUGGUUAUUAUAGCAGAUGGGCAGGUUACCAGAAGUGUUGAUAUAGAAGGAAAGGAUCUGAGUCCACAGGAGGAAAGCACAAUCAACUCAAUUGUUAUAGCAAGUUGUGUUCCAUUGUCAAUUGUAUUAGUAGGAGUUGGGGAUGGACCAUGGGAAGACAUGCAAAAAUUUGAUGAUAAGAUUCCAGCUCGAGCCUUUGACAAUUUUCAGUUCGUUAACUUCUCCAAGAUCAUGGCCAAAAAUGCUAGCCCAGCAGAGAAGGAAGCAGCUUUCGCACUGGCUGCUCUAAUGGAGGUUCCCAUCCAGUACAAAGCUACGAAAGAACUUGGCCUUCUCGGGCGUACGACUGGGAAGGCCAAACAAGUAACGUUUAGACCUCCUCCUCAACCUGCAAACAAACAACGAUUAUCUUUCAGGAGAGAAACAAGCACUUCAAAUCCCAGUAUUGCUGAUGACCGUAACGAGGCAUGUCCGAUUUGCUGGACAAAUGCGAAGGAUUUGGCCUUCGGAUGUGGCCAUACAUGCUGCAGACAAUGCGGGAAUCACCUGUCGAAAUGUCCCAUCUGUAGAACAAACAUUACGUCUCGCCUUAGGCUCUACACUGGGUGAAGAAAGUCUGAAGAAUUAUUUUGUUAUUUUACUUCCAAUUGUACAAAAAUUAAUGAUCAGAAUUUGGAUUAUAUAAAUAUAAGUUUGAUGCUAUAUAUAUUUUUAUAUAAAUUAUAA